AAAAAAACUAAAAAAGAAAUGGCGAGAAACGAUAGAGCAGACGUAGGAAGGUAACGUUCAAUCGCCUCGAGAUGGCGCAUCGCGAAUUUGUAUGCGUUGGCCGAUUUAGAUGCGCAUCGGGCCAAUCAAAGUCUAUGAUAAACGGAUGCAAACUGAAACAUCGGGCGUCCGGUGUUUGAGGUUAGACAAAGAAUAUCGCGGUUAUUGUCCACAGCAUUCCUGCGGCUCCUGUCGUGAACAAUUCAUCGUGUAUGUAGUGCAACGCGACAUCGGCCGUUAUCAUGAGUAAGAUGUAUUCGACGGCGAACCUGUCCGACAAGGAGCUGAAAGAGCAGGGGAACCGUCUCUUCAGCCUCCACAAGUACGAGGACGCGGCCAAUUGCUACACGAAGGCGAUCAUAAAGAAUCCAGAUCAAGCGUUGUACUUCACAAAUCGGGCGCUGUGUCACUUGAAGCUGAAACGAUGGGAAUCCGUGUGUCAGGACUGCAGACGAGCCUUAGACAUAGAUCCCUGCCUGAUGAAGGGUCACUUCUUCCUAGGGCUAGCUUUGCUGGAAUUGGAACUUUACGACGAAGCUGUCAAGCAUUUACAAAGAGCUGUGGACUUGGCAAAGGAACAGAAACUAAACUACGGCGAUGACAUCACCAGUGUACUCCGACAAGCCCGUAAACGUCGCUUCCAAAUAAGGGAGGAGCAAAGGAUCGCACAAGACAUCGAGCUACAAACUUACUUGAAUCAGCUAAUUAUAGACGAUGCGAAGCGCAACUUAACAACUCUGCAAGAACAGGAAUCAGAGAAGGAUUCCGAUGCAGAGGCAAGCUCAACUGAAUUCGCUAUGAGAAAGGAGGAGAUCGAAGAAAAGAGAGACACUUGCAUAACGCGGCUCAACGAUCUCUUUGCCAAGGUCGACGACAGGAGAAGGAAAAGGGAAGUGCCCGAUUACCUGUGCGGCAAGAUCAGCUUCGAGAUUCUUCAGGAACCGGUGAUCACUCCCAGCGGGAUCACAUACGAGCGGAAGGAUAUCGAGGAGCAUCUUCAACGGAUCGGUCAGUUCGACCCGGUUACUCGUGUGCACUUGACGCAAGACCAGCUGAUUCCAAACUUGGCGAUGAAGGAAGUAGUCGAUACUUUCUUGCAAGAGAACGAAUGGGCAUUAUAUUACUGAUAUCAAUAUGUAGUUUACUAUUGCGUGGUUUAAAUUAAGAUCGCAAUCCUUGACAAUGGAGAAAGAUAAUUCAACGUUGAAUAGGGACUUUCUGACGAGUAUAAUAUAGAGAUCAUGAUAAAGAGAGAAAUCUCAAGGAUGUAUAAUAGUAGAAUAUACGUGUAAAGGAUUCAAUAUUUUGUUACCGUUAAAUACUUUCCCGAAGGAAGCUGUGCAAGAAGCAGAAGCACUUAUCCUCAGAUAAGUAUGCGCGUUAGCGAGUAAUUAAUUAAUGUAAGGAUCAUGAAUAAACCCUCGGAGAGGAUAUAUUAAUUCUCUAAAUACUACAUUUAACAAUUAUAUAAUAUAACAAUUAGUUUCAUAUUUUCACUUAGCUUCUCUUUAUCAGUAAUCUCAAGCCCGCUAAAAUUCGGUCGAUUCUCAUAAUAUGUAGUUAUAUUUGAGAGAGGUUUGAAAUUGAGGUGUCGAAGGAUUGGAUGAAAGCUCAAAAGUUAAUGCAAAGUUCUAGUUCACUGGUUAGAAGAGAAAUAUAGGAUAAUAUAUCUAUGAAGUGCUUAUAUGUAGCAUGUAAUUUUUGUUUUAUUAUUAACAAUAAAUUAUUUAUUUUCUAGCCGAAA